UGCUCCGUGAAACAAGAAGUAUGAAUACCCUGACUUCUGUGGAGGCUGCAUCGCUGUAAAUUCUGUGGCCACUUCAGACGCCACAUUUGUACUUUCAUUGUUACCCAGAAAUGAUUUGAUAAAAACAGCUGCAUUGAACGUUUUCGCAUAAUAAACACUGAACAAACAGUCUCUAUCUUGGUUUACAUCAUAUCGCUCAACAUCAGUGGACAGUCACCAUGUGGAUCUCUGUGUGUCUGAUCAGCUCUUUACUUCAUAUCACUGCAGGCUGCGCUAUAUUAGUCACUAACUAUGGUAAGAUCACUGUCUACUCAGGCCAGUCUGUUCUCCUGCCCUGCUCCUGUAGUAAAACCCAGGCUAAACCUCCCAGCUUCACAUGGACUAAAUUCAGAGGUCAACAGACACCUGAGAUAAUACUAACCCAGAGUGAUCUGUACAGAGGCAGAGUGGAGAUGUUUAAUAGCACCUCUCCUGGGAACCUCUCUGUCCUCCUCUCACACAUCACCGAGGACGAUCAGGGGUGGUACAGGUGCCAAAUCAGCCAUGAAAAAUACAGCUAUGUCGAACUCACUGUUGAAGGCUGCACUCUGUCAGAACCUCGAUCAAGGGUGGUCAAUGGAUUCCCAGGCCAGUCUGUUCUCCUGCCCUGCUCCUGUAGUAAAACCCAGGCUAAACCUCCCAGCUUCACAUGGACUAAAUUCAGAGGUCAACAGACACCUGAGAUAAUACUAACCCAGAGUGAUCUGUACAGAGGCAGAGUGGAGAUGUUUAAUAGCACCUCUCCUGGGAACCUCUCUGUCCUCCUCUCACACAUCACCGAGGACGAUCAGGGGUGGUACAGGUGCCAAAUCAGUGAGACUCAAAUGACAGACGUCAAAAUUGAUAUUCAAAGGAAAUACCAACCCCUCACAACCACUACCACCAAACAUCCACCAUUAACUCAACCAAAUGGACUAGACAUUACAACAUUCCUAAUACCAACAACGUCACCUAAAGGGGCAGACACAGUGGGGACUUCAGAAGAAGAUCCAUCUGCUUCCCCUCAACAAUACAAUACAAUCCAAUACACCUUACUGGCUGUUCUACCAGUCAUACUGAUCAUCUCUGGAGUGGCUUGGUACAUAUACAAGAGAAACAAAGGAAAGAAAAACACAGGAGAGAAAAGUAGUGGGAGCAAAACAGAAGGAGAGAAAAAGGAUGAUCCCUCUGUAAUGUAUGAUACGGUUCAAGAACCCAGAAACAACAACCAAGAGGAGACAACAACACCCCUCAGUGCUCCAGAGGAUCCCUCAGUGACAUACUCCACCAUCGUCUACAUGAAAGGAAAAAGGAACGCAGCAGUGAGUCUGGAGAGCGGUGGAAAAACAGAGUAUGCCACUAUCAAGACAGGCACGUUCUCCUAGAGCCACUGUACUGUAUGGCCUACUGUCAUCUCACAGCCUUUUCCUGCAGAGUGAUCUCAUAUUGGGCCCAGUAUCAAGAGGUUUGAUCUGGCACACAUGACUAUAAAUAUAUUUCACUCUCUACUAAGACAUGUUAAGUGGUUAUCACAGGAAAUCAGAUGUUAACCUACAACCAAAAUAAUAAAGUCCCAGAGAUAUAGGCAAGAUGAUUGGUGAAGCAAUAAGAUACCAUUUAUUUGUAUGUAGCUGAGACAACCAAAGCACCUUAUAUGGCUUAAAGUUCAGCUAGUUCUCUUUUUAUAUCGUUGUUGUGCAUUUAUUUUUAAAUAUGGGAACUUUUGAAAUAGAGACGGAUGCUUUCAGACAUGUUUGAGAAAAAGGAAAAUGUGGUUUGAUGUGUCAAAGCAAAAAAACACAGAUUUCACAAUCAGUUUUGCAAGAGGUUGUUUGGGUGGCUAUCAUCCAUCUUCAUUUUGUAAGGGGUGCGUGACUGGCUGCAGGGAAGUCAGGCGCAGGAGAGCAGAACUGGGUAAAACCCGAAGCAGUUUAAUAUGAAGAAAAAAAACAACGGCACCCAGAACAACAAAAUCUGGGUACAAAAUAACCCGUCGCGAACCAGUCAGAGUGCACAAACACUUUACAAUAAACAAUUUCACACACAGACAUGGGGGGAACAGAGGGUUAUAUACACGACAAGUAAUGAGGGAAUGUAAACCAGGUGUGUGGAAAAACAAGACAAAACAAAUGGAAAAUGAAAGGUGGAUAGGCGAUGGCUAGAAGACGGGUGACGUCGAGGUGAGGAACCGACUUCGGCGGAAGUCGUGACAAUGUAUAUACUGUACUUCUUAUUUUUCUGACAAGAAGCUGGUACACGCUGAGCAUUACAUCAUUCUCGAAGUUGACAAAAAAAAUGUAAAGGAUACAAAUGUUUGUCACAGAAAACAACCUAUACCUAAUGUCAGAAUUUUGUCACAGACAACAAUCUUUGUGAAAACAACCUCAAACCUUUGUCAAAUUCUGUUAGUUAGCUACAGUACUUCCUCUUUCGUGUAAUGGACAAAUCACACAUUGUGGUCUUCCUGAACAGGGAAAGCAGUCUAACAAUGUCAUCAACUGAAGCAUUCACUUUUGGAGUGCGCAACUAACAGGGAAUUACAUGUUUUAGUGCCUCGUUUUCUUCGUCAUUUGACAAAGUCAGGUUUUCCAAUCAUGACUGUAAAUACACUGAACAAAAAUAUAUACGCAACAUCUAAAGUGUUGAUCCUACAGUAUGUUUCAUGAGCUGAAAUAAAAGAUCACAGAAAUGUUCCAUACGCACAAAAAGCUUAUUUCUCUCCCAGGCCCACCCAUGCCUGUACCCCUGCCCAGUCAUGCCUGUACCCCUGCCCAGUCAUGUGAAAUCCAUAGAUUAGGGCCUCAUUUAUUUAUUUAAAUUGACUGAUUUCCUUAUAUGAACUGUAACUCAGUAAAAUCUUUGAAAUUGUU